AUGGAAGCCGCCCAUAGAAUUCUCCCGGUCCUCGUAGUCAGAAGUGUAGCUCAAGUUACUUGUGGAAAACGCCCCCAAAAGUACAAACCCUUUGAGGACAGGGUUACUGCAGCUCUACACUCCCAAGUUGCGGAGCGCCUGGCGUUUUACCAGAGGCUGAAAGCUGCGGCAGACGAGCGCCAAGCUGAGCAAACACUCCGGGAGAAACGGCCGAUCCUGGUUUCCUUGCCAGGCGGCCGAAGCAUCGAGUGCGAAUCAUGGACCACCACCCCUUAUCAGCUGGCCUUGCAGAUCAGCCAGAGUCUGGCCAAGGCCGUGGUGGCGGCACGGGUGAACGGAAGCCUUUACGACUUGGAGCGUCCUCUGGAGGGUGACGCCACGGUGGAAUUUGUGGGGUUUGAUUCUCAGGCCGGACAAGAGCUCUUCUGGCAUUCCAGCGCCCACCUCCUGGGCGAGGCUGCCGAGCACUUCUACGGUGCCCUGCUGUGUCACGGGCCCAGCACCGAGCAGGGCUUCUUCUAUGACCUGUAUUUGGACGAGGAACGCAACGUGUCCAGUAAAGACCUCCCAGCCUUGGAAGAACUCUGCAAAGCCACCAUCGCGGCCCAGGUGCCCUUUGAGCGGCUGGAGGUUUCCCGGGAAGAUCUGCUGGAGCUCUUCAAGCACAACCGAUUCAAACUGGAUAUCAUCAGGCGGAGGGUGACAUCUCGGACUGCCACGGUGUACAGGUGCGGGACGUUGGUCGACCUCUGCCAGGGGCCCCAUCUCCGGCACAGCGGGGAGGUCCGAGCCCUGAAACUCCUCAAGAACGCCGCCACCUCCUGGCAAGGCCGACCCUCCGGAGAGCCCCUGCAGCGCAUCUACGGCAUCUCCUUCCCAAGUGCCCAGCAGUUGGCCGCCUGGGAGCGUGCCCAGGAAGAGGCUGCCCAGCGGGACCACCGGCGCAUCGGGAAGGAUCAAGAACUUUUCUUCUUCCAUCCGCUGAGUCCUGGAAGCUGCUUCUUCCUACCCAAAGGGGCCCACAUCUACACCACCCUCAUGGACUUCAUCAAGAGCGAGUACCUCAAGCGGGGCUUUUCCGAAGUGAUCACCCCCAACAUCUUCAACGCGAAGCUGUGGGAAGUCUCCGGUCACUGGGAGCACUACGGCGAGAACAUGUUCUCCUUCCCCGUGGAAGACCAGAUGUUCGCCCUCAAGCCCAUGAACUGUCCCGGGCACUGCCUCAUGUUCGGCCACCGGCCCCGAUCCUGGCGGGAGCUGCCCCUGCGGCUGGCUGACUUCGGGGUGCUCCACCGCAACGAGCCCUCAGGGGCCCUGACGGGGCUGACGCGGGUCCGGCGCUUCCAGCAGGACGAUGCCCACAUCUUCUGUUCCAUGGAUCAGCUGGAGGGCGAGAUCAGUGGCUGCUUGGAUUUCCUGCAGGCCAUUUACUCCGUCUUCGGAUUCACCUUCCGCUUCUUCCUCUCCACCCGCCCCGAGCACUUUCUCGGGGAGCCCCCUCUCUGGGACCAAGCCGAGCAGCUGCUGGAAAAGAGCCUCCGGGAUUUUGGCUGGCCGUGGGAGCUCAACCCCGGGGACGGCGCCUUCUACGGGCCCAAGGUGGACAUUCAGAUCCAGGACGCUUUGGGCCGAUACCACCAGUGUGCCACCAUUCAGCUGGACUUCCAGAUGCCGCUUCGCUUUGACCUCUCCUUCAAGGGGUGA